AUGAUAAAGUCCACAGUCAACCCAGCAUUGACACUUUCAACAAUGCCAGCAUCGUGGUCUGCCUCAGCACUGGGCAUCAACGUGGACAAUCUUCAUGUGCUGGAGAAUGAUCACAAGCCAGCUUUGAUCACUGCACUCAAGAAUGGCUGCAAUGUCAUAUACUCAUCAAACAAUGAUCUGAAGCAUCCCACAGACGUCUUGAACUCUGUGCUCUCCAAUCACUUCUCCAACAGCAGCAGCAACAGCAGUGGCAGUAACAGUAGCGAGGGCGAAUCUGAAGCCAUGUCAAUCGAGAGAUCAUCACUUAUUUAUAUCCAGCGCACCAAGCCCAUGCAGGUCAAGGAGUUGGAAGACAGCGCCAAGUUUAUACGCGAUCAACUGGCAAUCUCCAAGGAGAGAAUGGAGAUCUCCACCUUGGAUGUCAUGUUGCUCCAUGUCGAGUCGGCCACGACAAAGGAGCAGUUGGAGAGCGCGCUGGAGCAGCUUGAGCAGCUCGUGGACGAGGGUGCCCUGCAGCGCUAUGGUAUCUCUUCGCCACUACUUCUAGAUAACAAUGGACAGGUGCCAAUCGAGUCGAUCGUUCAGUCCAAGCGAUACCCAAACCUGUCGUUCUUUGAGUUCCCAUUCAAUCUGCAACAGCACCAGGCUGCCACGGCUAAGCUAUAUGAUGGUGGCAGUCAGUCACUAUGUGAUUGGGCCGCACAGAACGACAUUGCCACGAUCAACUCAAGUCCAAGUUACUUCACCAACCCAGCCACAAACAAACAGUCGCGCUUCUGCAAUGUAGAUUCGCACACUGAUCGCGACCUUCCCAAAAUACUCAAGGAUGCCUUUGACUUAGCCAUUCAUCUUGAGAUCAUCAAUCCUAUAUUCAAGGACACUGUUCAAAUGGAAGCAGUAAAGCGCAAUCCAAACUUGAUUGGUCAACUUAGAUGGGCUCACAUGUUGGUGUAUGACGCAGCCAAGUAUGACAAACUGUCCAACUAUUGGGUGUGGCGCAAACUCCUGGCACAGCGCAUCAGACCAUCGGUAAAUGAUGCCGUGCUCUCAGUCUUUAGCAAUCAUAUUAUGAACUCAUGGGGUGGAGGCUACAGGAAGGCGAUCAACAGCGUGUUUGAUCUGUAUACUUACUCGCUGGAGGCAGGCAUCCACCAACAACAGCGUGCACUGGAACAAGAGGUUCGUCGAACUGCGGCCAUCGCUGGCGUCACACUUCCCGACGAAGUGGCAGUCAGAGAUUCGCUGAUACAAGUGGCGCUUCAACUAUCACAGAACAAAACAAACAUCAGCAUCGAAGACAUCAACACAUCACUGGAGGCCAAGCGCAUGCUGGUACUUGGUGACUCUAUCAAGGCCUUGCACUUCACAAAUGAUCAAGUGUCCACAAUGUCAUCGGCAAUUAAAUGGUAG